GAUACAGGAGGUCACGAUCUCCCGCUUGACUGACAGCGAGUGGAAGAUAACACUGCGUUGCGGAUGAGGAAGUGUGUCCCGCCUGCUUCUCCCCCUGUGACACUGCAGCCUCGACGAAGGUGCCAGGAGGAGCUUCCGUUGGAGAGACAGAAAUCACCUUUUGCAACACGUGUCGUCCAUCAGCAGAAAGGAUGGCGUUCAGAGGCAGCGUCCGACCCUUCGUCAACUUCGACGCCAACCGCGACGCCGAGUUCCUCCACAGGGCCAUGAAAGGAGUCGGUACGGACGAGGACGCCAUCCUCAUGCUCCUGGCGGCGCGCAGCAACGAUCAACGGCAGCAAAUUAAGGCGGCGUACAAAAAGGCCUACGGAAAGGACUUGGUCGGCGCGCUGAAGUCGGAGCUGGGGGGGCUGCUGGAGAGUGUGAUCGUGGCCCUGAUGACCCCGCCCGACUCGUACGAUGCCUCUCAACUGCACAAGGCGAUCAAGGGCGCCGGGACUAAUGACGAGGUGCUGAUCGAGAUCCUGGCCUCCAGGACGGGAGAGGAGAUCAAGAGAAUCAUCAAAGUGUACAAGACAGAGUUUGGCGGCAAGCUGGAGAAAGACAUCUGCGGUGACACCUCGGGGCACUACCAGAAACUGCUGGUGAUCCUGCUCCAGGGGAACAGGGAGGAGGAGGUGGACGAGGGCAAGAUCGAGAACGACGCCGAGGACUUGUACGCCGCCGGCGAGGGCAAGUUUGGCACAGACGAGGAGAAAUUCAUCGCGAUUCUCGGCAACAGGAGCGCCGAGCAUCUCAGGAAAGUAUUCGCUGCCUACAAGAAGCUCUGCGGCUCGGACAUAGAGGACAGCAUCAGAGGGGAGACCGCCGGGAAUCUGGAGAACCUGCUGCUGGCCGUCGUGAAAUGUGCCCGCGGCGUCCCGGAGUAUUUUGCCGAAGUCCUGUUUAAGUCUAUGAGGCGCGCCGGGACCGACGACGACGCCCUGAUGAGGAUAAUGGUGUCGAGGAGCGAGGUGGACAUGUUGGACAUCAGGGCCAGCUUCAAGAAGAUGCAUGGGGCGUCUCUGCACACCACCAUCCAGGAGGACACAAGCGGAGACUACCAGAGGGCUCUGCUCUACCUCUGCGGUGGGAGCGAUUAAUGCGGUCCGAUGGUGAGCUGAGCGGCACUGAGCGAUGAGCGACACAGCUGCUGCACACCUCGUCAUUCGUGACUCGUAACGUUCUCCACCGCUCGGACAGCGUUGGCCGAAAGAUCAUUUUAGAAUACGACCGAAUAGGCUCCAACGCGGUGUUUGAUACAGAAGGUGCAGUUUUGAUUUUACGUGUUUGUGUCUGCUGUACGUUUGGUUUGAAAUAAACGCUUUUGGCUUUGGUCCA